CUUGAGAGAAGAAAUGCAGUUUUGCACCAGCAGCAAAAAAAAACAUAGCAUGUGCAAAUCAUUCCAGUCUUAUCGCUCGAUGACAUGCAGCUAAUCCUACUGCGGCUAAAAUUGCAGGCGGUCGAUGUCAGUGGUGUGUUUAUUGUGGUUGCAUCGUUCGUCACACACAUACAAUCAGGGUUGCGAGCGACGAGUUGGCAUCCCAGUGCAGUGCAGGUGGAGGAAAACGAAUCAUUUUCCGAAAAUUACGCCAAAAUGGCGAAAACUGUUGAUUUGUUGAAUAUCGAUGUUGAUCAACUGUUUAAGCAGCAUAAUGUGGCCGAAAUCGACCUGGUCCAUAAGCGGCUGCUGAACGAAAUUGAGCUGAAGCGCGAGGAGCUUCGAACGAUGGUUGGUGAGCGUUACCGUGAUUUGCUGAAGGCAGCCGAUACGAUCGGUGACAUGAAGCAGACGGCUGGUUCCAUUAUCGGCAAUAUCGACCGCAUCACGGUUCGCUGUCAGCAGCUGAACGAUCACAAUUUGAUCGGAUUUCGCACCGGAACCGACUACCAGCGGAUGCAGAAAAAGCACCGCGACCACAACUUUCACGGCGUGAUUGUACAGAUAAAGUUGCUGACCGGCCUGCCCGAGAUGAUAUGGAGCAGCAUCGAUCGAGAGGAUUACUUCGUUGCUACGCAGCUGUUCAUCUUUGCCCGUCACAUCUCGACGGGUCUGAGCUUGGACACGGAGCGGGAAACGAUGCGCAAAUUCCCGGUGGCCGCCAAACAGUGGCAAGUGUUGAGUCAGUUCUUCUUCACCAUCGAGGCUGCCUGUCGGGAGUCGCUUGGCCGCGAGGAACUUUCGGUGGCAGUUGCUGCCAAGAGCUUAGCAAGCUGGCUGCUGCUGGAAUCGUGCCCGGUAGAGCAAACGCUUUCCAUGUUUACCGAACGACGCUCGAAAGCUUUCCUCGAUGUGCUGGCCGAAAGCGAAGCCGUGUACGAGAAGGUGAAGGAUAAAUUGCUCGCCAGCCUGAAGGUGGUGAUCGGUACGGUGCGUCUGUUUUACGAAUGCUUCAUCGACGACGGAACCGAGGAUGACCUGCUGGUUGGUGGCUUUCAGCGGGAACUACAGCACAUCACCGGCGAUAAGGCUGCCCCGACGAUCGGGCUAAUCCGAUCGGAAGAUCCGAUGAUAAUGCAAAUGGUGCCGGAAAUGAUUGCCAAAUUCCGGCCACGCCUGGAACGGAUCACCUUGGAGGAGGAGAAGGUUCGUGCUGCCGUUAGCGCGUUUCUCAAAAGCAUCGAAACUGCUGUCGCAGGACGGCUGAAGCGGUUGGUCAGUCUGGUUCCGUCGAUAAAAACCCUGCACGACAUUAAGAUGCAAGCGAUCGCGCUGGAAAAACCUUCCCACUGGGGAACCAUUACCGCCAGGCUCGGUCUACCGGAAGGGACGGAUUUCUACGCCACAUUCUACCAGCGGCUUAUAAACGAUCGCAUGCAAAGCAUCAUCAAAUCAGCCUGGACCGAAACGGUUCAGCAAACGCGCGUCGAUGUGUUGCAUUUGCUAAACCAAAAACCGGUCGAUUUGAAGGCAUUUGUUUGGAAGGAAUCGCUCGACGAUGUGCCGCUGAAUCUGAAGACGGCCCUGGACCGUUCGGUGCCGUCCAAUCGCAGGCUGCUGAUGAAGGCUCGCGGGUACACGCCGGCUUUGGUGGAGCUUAGCGACUCACUGAACGCGCGACUGCAAACCUUAACGCGUGACGUCGGUGCGUUUCUGUCGUCGUCCUCCAGUCGGGUCGAAAUCGAGGAAAUGUUAUCCUACUUUCGGCAGUGCUGCGUAGAAGGAAUAGCCGAGCUGAUAACGGCCAUUAAGUCGGCUGAGUUCGAACCCACCGUUGAGCGGUACGCAACGUUGGCGAGGUUUCUAACAGCCGUGCGGGAACUGUGUCCGGCAUUGAGGGAAUGUUUCAUACCAACAACGAUCGGCGUUUUGCCAGACCGUUGGCCCUCCUCGGGCAGGAAGUCAUCAUCGACGGUGGCUGUUUCGGAGGAGGAUCCCGACCGGUGGUCAAAAGUUUCCGGAUUGCUCGAAGACGAGAGUCUCCAGUGCUGGACGCUGUGGGUGGAACGGUUCCAGCAGCAUUGGCCAUCGCUCCCCGUGGCUGUCGGGUACGGUACGCUGCUGAACGAUUUCCCCGUCUGGGAGACAGUAACGAUCGAGGAGAACGAUGAAAACAAUCAACCAAUCCAGUCCACGAUCCGCGUACCGUCGCAACCGAGCUUCCCGGUGCAGAAAUGUCUGCAUCACAUCCACGAACUGCUGAACGAUGCCAUCCCACAGACCAUUCCGCGCCCAACAAUGCUGCUGAUAGUCGAGCGACUGGCAGGCAUACUGCUCGCUCACUAUACCACUCUAGCCGACGAUAGCUUCGUGAAGCAGAACCAAACCGUAGCCCUACAGUUCUAUCUCGAUAGCCGAUUCCUCCAGCUCAUGCUAAUCGGCCGCGACCAGAGGCAGCUUAGCGAGAGCUUCAAUGAGCUCGUCGGUCGCUUCAAGUCCUACAUCGAUCCGUUCGACUUCGACGUGUUCUACGCGCAUCUGAAUGCGAAUGUGAAGCGAUCGGUGCUCAAGCUGCAACACUUCCUGGGCGCACUCAUAUGCCACAGUGAGCAGCUGGCUACGGUCGUGGGCAGUGAGGCGGGGGUCCUUGUGCCCUCCAGCUCCACAGCUGUGGUGGAUAAAAACCCGAACAUUCUGGCGCUUAGUUCCAACAGUCUGAACUUGGUGUGGUUCCCGCUGCUGCCGGUCGUUAGCAAGGAAACGGCUCCAAUGACGGUGGUGGACACGAUCGAGCUUGCUAGUACUUCCGGGCGAAACGAAACCACCCUCACUACUAAGGAUUCGAGAAAAACAACCACCGGUGAUGGCGCAGCGAAACAAUCCACCACGAAAGAUGCCACCACCCCGGCUGCUACGGCACAGAACUACGCCAAGGGAGCUGCCGCGUUCUUCGGUCUGGAUAAGGAUUGGUUCCGAUAAGCAGACCAUGAGGAGGAGGGGCCGCGAAUGAAAGCGUCAUUUAAAUUGCUUCUUUUAUUUCCGUUGAAAGUUUAAGGAAAAAUAUAUUAAAACAAUCUUAAAGAUAGA